UCUCGCGAGAUCUCGGCUAGUAUAUGUUGGGCGAUCAGAGGCCGUUGCGGUCUCUUGUGCGCGCUGCCCUAGGCCGGGAGGUGGCGGGAAGCUGCCUGAGUCUCGCGCCCCGGAUCCGGCUCCAUCAUGCCGCCCAAGUUCGACCCCAACGAGAUCAAAGUCGUGUUCCUGAGAUGCACCGGCGGGGAGGUCGGCGCCACUUCCGCUCUGGCACCUAAAAUCGGCCCUUUGGGUUUGUCUCCCAAAAAGGUAGGUGAUGACAUCGCCAAGGCAACAGGUGACUGGAAGGGGCUGAGGAUCACUGUGAAACUCACUAUCCAGAACAGGCAAGCUCAGAUUGAGGUUGUCCCUUCUGCCUCUGCCCUGAUCAUCAAAGCCCUCAAGGAGCCUCCUCGUGACAGGAAGAAGCAGAAGAACAUUAAACACAGUGGCAGUGUCGGCUUUGAUGAGAUAGUAAACAUUGCACGCCAGAUGCGGCACAGGUCCUUGGCCCGGGAGCUCUCUGGAACUAUUAAGGAGAUUCUAGGAACUGCUCAGUCUGUUGGCUGCAAUAUUGAUGGCAGACAUCCUCAUGAUGUCAUUGAUGACAUCAACAGUGGCACAAUAGAGUGCCCAGCUAGCUAAGACAGAAUCCAAGAAGAACUCUCAACAUGAAAGCUGAUCAAGAUUUUUUUUGUGACAAUUAGGAACCUCAAUAAAACCUGCAGUUGACUGAGAA